AUGGGAACUCGGUAUUCACCUUGUUUCAUGUCAAAUUGCUAUGUUCAAGAGGAGUGCAAUCAAGAAUGGACUGAAGAAGAAGAAAAGACGUUUGAAUACGCUCUUGCUAUAUUUGAUGAAGGUACACCUCUCCGUUGGGAGAAUGUGGCAGCCAUGAUCCCAAGAAAAACUGUUCCUGAUGUGAUCAUGCACUACAAGAAACUGGAAGAAGAUACAUGUGGUAUAGAAGCUGGUCCAGUUCCACCUUUUCUUGACUCUUCUUUCUCGUCGGAGAUGGCGGUUGGUGGCCAUAGUGAUGGAGGAAGGAGGAAGAGGUCCGCUACUGAAUCGAGUUCUGAGUAUAAUAAGAGAAAGAAGGUGCUUCAUUGGACAGAAGAUGAACACAAGCUCUUUCUUAUGGGAGUUCAAGAGUGUGGCAAAGGGGCUUGGAGGAAUAUCGCUCGGAAGUUUGUGGUGACAAGGACUCCUACCCAAGUAGCAAGCCAUGCUCAAAAGUACUAUAUCAGACAAAAGCUUUCUGUAGGAGGGAAAGAUGACAACAAAAGGAGAUCUAGUAUCCAUGAUAUCACACUUGAUAUUAUGAAAAAUACCACACCAAUUGAAGACAAGUCUCUUCCAUUAAUUAAAGAGUCUCAAAUAUUGCAUUCACCGCUGCCGCAACAGAUGAAGGAGACUAGCAUCCAAAAUGUGCAACCUAAAUAUUGGAUUAAUUGUGACCGCAACAAUGAUCAGCCUAUGGUUUUCAAUCCAAGCAACUAUGAAAUGUCCAUGUUAUCUUCUCAAAUAAUGCCUUCACCGCAGCUGGAGAAGACUAGCAUCGAAAAUGUGCAACCUGAAUGGAAUAAUGUUGGUCACAACAAUAAUCAACUCAUGGUUUUCAAUACAAACAAUGACUAUGAAGUUGGAGGGGCGGAACAUAAGAAAACUAGCAUACAAAACAAUGAUUGUGAUCAGCUCAUGGUUUUCAAUCGAAGCAACGAUGAAAUGUCUUCCCAAUACCAUGGAGUUACAGGCGCACAAGAUCUAUAUGAAAUUUAUUUCCAUUUUACUUGUGCCAAGCGAUAA